CGCCCUGUGAUCCCGAAGCGCGGCGAAAAAGACUUCGAGCCCGCACCGGGCGGCGCCUCCGGCCUCCAGCUGCACAACCUCGACCGCGCCCGCGACGCCAUGCUCGCCGCUCUCCGCUCCACCCGCGCAACCUCCAGCAAAUCCAUCAGCCACGCAACGUGGGACCCCGCACUCGCGCGCGCACACGUCACCCUCGCGCGCGGCAUCCACUUUUCGUCCAUGGGCCACUCCGUCGCCCGCCCAACCGCCUCCGCCUCCUCCGACUCCCUCCGACCCCAACCCCACACCCACACCCACACCCGCACCCAAACACAACUACAAAAAAGGCCCCCGAAGCGCCUCGAGCUUCUCCCCGAAGAAGCCCUCUACCUCGUAGAAAAAGGCGCCCUCCUCUGCUCCAAACCCGCCGAUGUCGAUGCCGACGACGAUGGUGGUGGUGGUGGUGGUGGCGUCCACGCGCCGCCGAUGAGCGUGCAGCAGGCCUUUGCGGAGAUGCUCGGCCGCGACGGGCUCUCGCUCGAGAAGUACCAGGUAUUCUCGUACCUCCGCCGCCUCGGCUACGUCGUCACCCGCGCCCGCGCGCCCUCGCCCGCCUAUCCCGUCCCCGCGCCCUACCCUCCUCCCUAUCCCGCUUCCAAUUCCGCGUCGAACGAGGCGGCGGCGGUGGCGGAGAGCACGGUGUUGUCUGUCGUGCGUCGGAUUUUCACAGCGCUGUUCGCGCCCUUUGCGGGCCUCGCGCGCGUUGUGGGCUUCGUGGAUGCGGGUGCGGCCUCGAUAUUCAGGGCCCUCCGAUUUAUCCCUGCGGGCCACAAGGCGCCGCUGCACCAUUCGGUGAAGGCCCCCGAAUCGGAGCCCGACCCAGACCCGUACGAGGUCUUCUUCCACCUGUACAAGCCCGCGACGCCGUUCCGCAAGACGGCGCCGCCGCCGCCCGAUUUCGAGCUCGUCGUCGUAAACGCGCGUACGACGCCUAUGCCGACGCUCGCGCAGCUCGCGGAGCUGUAUAGAUCGCUACCCGAGAUUCCCCCGCCCCUCCCGCGCCAACGCCGUCCUCCGCCCGCACCCGCACCCGCACCCUCCACAUCCACACCGGCACCACCAUCCUCUUCUUCACUCCCCCAACCUCCCCCAGCACCAACGCCCCCAACACCAACACCACACAAAAACCCCGCCUCCUCCCUACUCACCCGUCUCCUCCCCCGCCUGCCCUUCUCGCGUGCCCCUGUCCCCGGCCCCAGCUCCGGCCCCAGCUCCGAACCAACAAAGCGCACGCAGAGCCGCGCGCCCCCGCGCGUGAACCCGUUUAUGGCGCUUCGCCAGGGCACGCGCACGGUCGUGAUCGCCGCUGUGGACGCGGGGGUCGUGAGUUUCUUCCGGCUUGGGGAGGGCGCGUUCGAGGCGUGGCCGAUGGUUGGGUGA